AAUAGGAAUACUACUAAGAAAUAAAAGGGAAUGAACUACUUACAUGCACAACAACUUGAGUGAAUCUCAAAAGCAUUAUAAAUGAAAUAAGCGAGAGACAAGACACUACAUAUUACAUGAUACCAUUUAUAUAAAAUUCUAUGAAAGGGGCUGGCCGUGGUGGCUCAUGCCUGUAAUCCCAGCACUUUGGGUGACUGAAGCCAGAGGAUCACUUAAGCCCAGGAGUUCAAGACCAGUCUGGGCAAUAUAAUGAGACCUAGUCUCUACAAAAAAUAAACUUAGCAGGGCAUGAUGGUGCGCGACUGUAGUCCCAGCUACUUGGGUGGGUAGGGCAGGAGGAUUGCUUCAGCCAAGGAGGUCCAGGUUGCAAUGGGCCAAGUUUUCCCCACUGCACUCCAGCUUGGGCAACACAGUGAGACCCCGUCUCAAAAAAAAAAAAAAAAUUCCAUGAAAGGAAAAACUAUAUUGAUAUAAAGCACAUUAAUGCUUGCCAGGGUCCAGGGUCAGAAAAGAUAGUGAUCACAAAAGGAAAAAAAGAAAGAUGAUGGAAAUGUUCCAUAGCACGGUUGUUGUGGUGUUUACGUGAUUGACUUUACGAUCCUUUUGGAUGAGUUAAUUUUUCAAUUCCUUCCCUAAACUAACAAGUCUGCCUACUUUUAUCUUUGAUCUAAAAUUAGUACUGAUGUUUUCCAUUUGGAUUGGGUAAGUCUCUUUUGACUGAAGCUUGCUCAGUGCCUAAGUAAGUGAUGUACAUAAAAAGCUUUCUAGUCCUCUCCUACUGAUCUCCAUCAGUUAGCACAUUGCCAUGAUUAAUCCAGAGCUACGGGAUGGCAGAGCUGAUGGCUUCAUACGUCGGAUAGUUCGCAAGUUGAUACAAAACUGGAAGAUUGGCCUUAUGUGCUUCCUGAUUAUUAUUAUUACUACAGUUUGCAUUAUUAUGAUAGCCACAUGCUCCAAGCAUGCUAAACCUGUGGCAUGUUCAGGGGACUGGCUUGGAGUGAGAGAUAAGUGUUUCUAUUUUUCUGAUGAUACCAGAAAUUGGACAGCCAGUAAAAUAUUUUGUAGUUUGCAGAAAGCAGAACUUGCUCAGAUUGAUACACAAGAAGACAUGGAAUUUUUGAAGAGGUACGCAGGAACUGAUAUGCACUGGAUUGGACUAAGCAGGAAACAAGGAGAUUCUUGGAAAUGGACAAAUGGAACCACAUUCAAUGAUUGGUUUGAAAUUAUAGGGAAUGGAUCCUUUGCUUUCUUGAAUGCUGAUGGAGUCCAUAGUUCCAGAGGAUUUAUUGAUAUCAAGUGGAUUUGCAGCAAACCUAAAUAUUUUUUAUAGAGCAGAAAAAACUUGAAAAUGACUAUCCAAAAAACACAUGAAAGCAUGCUCACCAUCACUGGCCAUCAGAGAAAUGCAAAUCAAAACCACAAUGAGAUACCAUCUCACACCAGUUAGAAUGGCAAUCAUUAAAAAGUCAGGAAACAACAGGUGCUGGAGAGGAUGUGGAGAAAUAGGAACACUUUGACACUGUUGGUGGGACUGUAAACUAGUUCAACCAUUGUGGAAGUCAGUGUGGUGAUUCCUCAGGGAUCCAGAACUAGAAAUACCAUUUGACCCAGCCAUCCUAUUACUGGGAUACUGGGUAUCCCAUUCCUUUGGGUAUAUACCCAAAGGACUAUAAAUCAUACUGCUAUAAAGACACAUGCACACGUAUGUUUAUUGUGGCUCUAUUCACAAUAGCAAAGACUUGGAACCAACCCAAAUGUCCAACAAUGAUAGACUGGAUUAAGAAAAUGUGGCACAUAUACACCAUGGAAUACUAUGCAGCCAUAAAAAAUGAUGAGUUCAUGUCCUUUGUGGGGACACGGAUGAAAUUGCAAAUCAUCAUUCUCAGUAAACUAUCGCAAGAACAAAAAACCAAACAUCGCAUAUUCUCACUCAUAGGUGGGAAUUGAACAAUGAGAACACAUGGACACAGGAAGGGGAACAUCACACUCUGGGGACUGUUGUGGGGUGGGGGGAGGGGGGAGGGAUAGCAUUAGGAGAUAUACCUAAUGCUAAAUGGCGAGUUAAUGGGUGCAGCACUCCAGCAUGGCACAUGUAUACAUAUGUAACUAACCUGCACAUUGUGCACAUGUACCCUAAAACUUAAAGUAUAAUAAUAAUAAAAUAAAAUAAAAAGA